CGAUAAAGGAACAACAAAGCUAAAAUAAGUGUUUCUGAACUCUGACCCAAAUUAUAAAAUGGCUGAAAAGGAUGAUACGUACAGCAAACCAUGGCGAUCGGAUGAGUAUGUCAUAGCGCAAGAGAAGUUGGAUAACUCAAUCUUCAUCAUACACACUCAUGAGAGUGAGCCAAUUGCUGUAUUCCUCAAAGAAAACCUAGAAAAGUUCCACGAUGACUCAAAAAUCACGGUGAACAUUUGUGAUGUUACUGAGAUAGAGAGCAGAAAUCUGGCUUUCCAUGCAGCCAUUCUUCUACUCACUCCAGAAAUGAUUUUUCAUUUGGAAUCAAUGGCGGAAUCCCCAUGUUCAGCUUUACGGUUUCACCCGAGCACAAUAUGUGUUUUUUUGAUUCAUGAGCCUAUAAGCAUGGAUGAUGAACGAGUGAGUUCGGUCUUGAAGACCAAAUUACCGGAUUUCAACUCUUGGAAAAUACUUAAAUUAACACAAAUAAGAUCCACUUUAAUUCAAAUAUUGCAUUUGCUUGAGGAAGAGCCGUCGAGUCUCCCGAGAUUGCUGCAAUAUUCUCUGGAGCCAUCUCAUAUUUCCACGGACAGGCAUCAUGUGUUGAUUCUCUUCAAAACUGAAAAGGAGAAGUCUUCUAUGGUAGUUGUUCAUACAGAAUACAGAAAGAUAGAUGCCAAGUACCAGAAUCCGUAUACAUUCUCUUUCUCCCCAUAUGGUUUACUUCAUGGCCAAACACAGAUCACUGUCUUUGUGAAUGGCAAGAACGAGGGUUCUACAAACCUUAGUGUUAGCAAUAAAUUGGAGUUUUUGUAUAAGGAGAUGGACGAUAUAAUAUCCCCUGUCGAGUUCCUGUGUCAGGUUUUGAAACUUACAGUCGAAGAUAGAGAAACUCUGGAUAGAGAGCUCAGUGAUAGGAUAAAUAAUGAUGUGUUUAGUUCACCAUGUCUGAAGACUGUUAAUGACCGAGACUUGUUAAAUGGUGUGCAGAUGAACAAUGAAUUGCCAACGAUGUUACAUUUUGGUGCAAAGUAUGGACUUUCGCAGUUUUGUAAAGCUAUAAAAGGUUGUCGCGGCUUUGAAAGUGCCAUAACGACACUUAACAAGGACAAUGAAAAUCCUUGUCAGUUAGCUAAAAGAUUGGGAUAUCUUCAGCUUUCAAGAGAUCUAGAUCCUUUGAUGCUUGUCCUGGAAGACUUACCACUAUUUCCUAAGAAUCUUUCACUUCGUUCUAAAAAUAUUCUGAGUACCAGUGCAAAAGAAACCCGAUCACCAAAAGUGACCUUGCAAAGAAGGCCAACAGAUAUUGGGAGAUAUUUUCCAGAAAGAAAAGGACCGGCUCCCAAACCUCCUUCUAAAGAAAGUAAAACUGGACUGAGAGACAACUCAAAAAAAGAUCAGUCAGUGCCUUUAAAUGGAAGUCAAUUGAAUAUGGAAGACAAAUCAGAAUUCAGACGAGAUACAGUUUAAGGAUGGAGACUGUUUACCUUGAAUUCAUUAUGAUAUGGAGCUGAUGAUGAAAAAGAAAACGAAGAAAACAGCAGAGAUGAAUACCCUUCAAAUUUUCUUGUGAAAUAUGAUACAUGUUAAAAGCUUGCUUCACGGAAUUUUAA